GACCUUCACUCCGGAAAUAUAUUACUGGCCAGAAAUGUAAGGAAUGGCAGGUUUUUCAAAGUGGCUGACUUUGGGUCGGCUACUCUUCGCAAAUCAAUAUCAACCGUAAGUAACACGACCCGUGAGGCACCGGAAGUACGUAGGGGUGAGUCAAAUGACCCCAAGAGUGAUGUCUACAGUCUGGCCAUAAUUACUGAAGAGAUAUUUGGCUUUGAUUUGGACGCUAUUAUGCGGUCAGUCAUACAAAGUAAUUCACAGAAGUAUUCAUCAGAAAACGAAGUGUUAAACAAAUGUGUCGUUCAUUUAAAACAAACCCGACUGUUGGACCCUCUUGUGGUG